GGACCCUUUCGUGCCCCGGAACCUUCCUGCCGCCCCUCCCGUAUCCGGCCGGAGCCGCGCGGCGCCGGUCGCCAUGGCAGCGGGGCCGUGGGGCUGGGGGCUGGCAGCGCUCGCACUGCUGCUCGCGCUGCUGCUCGGCGGCGCGCGCCGCCUGCGGCGCCGUUACGCGGCGGCGGGGGCUCGCGCCGCCCUGAGGGGGAGGGCGGGCGGCGUCCGCGCGCUGCUGGUGACGGCGCACCCUGAUGACGAAGCGAUGUUCUUCGCCCCCACGGUGCUGGGCCUGGGCAAGGCCGGCGCCCGCCCUGCCGUCCUCUGCUGCUCCCCAGGAAAUUAUUACCAUCAAGGAGAGAUUCGUAAGAAAGAACUGGAACAGAGUUGUUUUCUUCUGGGGAUUCCUGCUUCCGAUAUAACAGUCAUUGAUCACAGGCGUGAAACCUUUGUCAGUCAGAUGUUACUGUCCUUGCUGUCUGGGGAGUCAGCAAGGCUGGAGGAGUGUUGGGAGGUAGCGCCUCUGCUCUCUGCAGCGAACAGCUGGAUCAGUUCAGAUCCAAACCCAAGCCUCUGUGUGAGAAGGCCGUGUAGUCACUUUUCUGCUAAACCACCUCACAGCAAUUAUCAGACUAUCAGAGGACAGCAAAGGGAUCUUCCGGAUAAUCCUGCUGUUGAAUGGGACACACAGCUCCUCGCUGCCUUUGUGCUAAAGCAUAUAGAAACCAAUAGCAUCAACCUGGUGGUAACCUUUGAUGCGGGAGGAGUGAGUGGUCAUGCCAACCACAUUUCUCUUUACACUGCUUUAAGGUACCUGCAUUCAAAGCGGAAGUUACCUGAAGGGUGCCGUGUGCUCGUGCUUGAAUCAGUAAAUCUCUUCCGGAAGUACACCUCCGUCCUGGAUGUACUCCUUUCCUGCCUCCUGCCCAGAGAUGCACUCUUCGUACUCACAGAGGAGGAGACUGAACAAGCCAGGAAAGCCAUGCGGUGUCAUCACAGCCAGCUUCUCUGGUUUCGCCACAUCUAUAUGCGUUUCUCACGUUAUAUGAUGAUCAAUUCACUCCGCCUUCUGUAAAAGAGAUGCUGCUCAACUUCAGGAGUAAAAGAAUGAAUAAAAGACCACGUCAGGCCAUGGACUAAAGA